UGAAAAUUACAGCCAUGAAGAACGACGAACUUGGACAGGAUGCAGAAAAAGGAUCAACGAAAAUGCCAGGUAAAUUUGGAAUUAGACACCUGCAAGUUCUUCUACUCUUUUUCGGAAUGGUUAUUGGAUAUUGUCUUCGAGUAAGCAUGUCAGAAGCUGUUGUUACAAUGUCAAAACGUACCAAUGAAUCAGCUAAUCUUCACUACGAGGUAUUUGACUGGAAUGGAACGGAAAAGUCCACGAUCCUGAGUUCUUUCUUUUGGGGCUACACGGUAAUGCAAAUACCAAGUGGUUAUAUAGCAAGAGUUUGGAGCGGCCAAAAGUUACUCAGUUUUGGAAUACUACUUUGCGGAAUUUUGAACAUUUUAACACCAACUGCAGCUCAUUAUGGGAAUUAUAUUGCUGUCUGCAUCUGUAGGGUAGGCAUGGGUUUCUGUCAGAGUUGCCUCUUGCCAUGCACCCACACCCUUCUUUCUAAGUGGGUGCCUCCGUCUGAACGAGCACGACUUGGAACAUUCGCCUACGCUGGAGCACAAUUUGGUACGGUGAUUUGCUUUCCAAUUUCUGGAGUGUUAGCAACGUCGAGUAUCGGUUGGCCAUCCAUAUUUUACGUGUUUGGUGCUGUAUCGAUAGUUUGGAGUAUUCUGUUUUUCGUUUUCGGUUCUGAUAGCCCUUCUCUGGAUUCGCGAAUAUCGGAAAGGGAAAAGCGAUAUAUAGAGAAUAGUCUGAACAGUGCCGAGGACAAAGAAAAGUCGCAGAAUGUACCGGUGACAAAACCACCAUGGAAAGCCAUUUUUACUUCGUCACCGAUGUGGGCACUUAUAAUUGUACAUUGUGGACAAAAUUGGGGCUACUGGAUUCUAAUCACGGAACUGCCAAGUUACAUGGAUGCUGUGCUGAAAUUUGAUUUUGAGAAGGCCGGCGUGAUAGCAGCUCUCCCUUAUUUGGUGAUGUGGAUUUUAAGUUUUCCAGUAUGUUGGCUGGCAGACUAUGCUUUAGAGAAGGGUGUUUCAAGAGAAGUGACUAGGAAGGUUUGCAAUACACUUGCGCAUUGGGGACCAGCGGUAGCUUUGAUUUGUCUUGCCACAAUGCCAGUGCACGAUUCUGCCGUGGCUGUAACCAUUCUCGUAAUAGCUGUCGGAUUAAAUGCCGGAUCUCUAUGUGGAUUCCAAAUUAAUCAUAUCGAUCUAAGUCCAAAUUUCGCUGGCACGAUGAUGUCCAUAACGAAUUGUAUCGCAUCUGUGAUUGCAAUAAUUGCACCCUUAAUUUGCGGCGUGAUCGUGUCCGAUGAGACAGACGCGAGUCAAUGGAACAUGGUGUUUUAUUUGUCCGCUGUUAUUUAUGUCGUGGGAAAUUUAAUUUUCAUUAUCUUCGGCAAGGCUGAAAUUCAACCGUGGAACGAUCCCAAAAGUGCGAACGCUCAAGAAGAAAGUAAGAAAGAGUUUAGAAUGACAUAAGUAUUCUAAUACUGAAUGCGUUACCUUUUCUUAUUGUUCCAACUGUUCUAUAGUACAUUAGUUUAUUUUAGAAAAGUAAUUAGAAUAAGGAUCAGCUAGUGUGCUUCGGGUUAGCAUGUUGGGUAUGGAGGGUGAUAUAUUGUUCCGCGUGCAAACUGCGUCAGCCGAUUACGAAAUGUCGGCUAAACGGCACAGAAAACAAAGGCUCUACUUUACACAAAUAGAUAAAUGAGCUUGUUAACAGCGUUCUCUUCCAGGUUCGUAGAGUACAAGAUUGUUUUUGCACCAUUCUAGUCCUAAGUCACAACUUUUAUCGAACAAAUUCUAGGACCAAUGUUUAGGUCUGAGAGUAAAAAGAGAAAUAUAAAAUUUUAAGUUUUUAAGAAAUACAAAACGUGUAUAAUAAUAUAUUUUACUGAUUUUAUAUGAAAUUUAAAAUCAGGAAUGACUGAAUAGAGGAACAUUAAAUUUUUAUACGAAAACAAUCCUAGCUGCCUAAAUGUUCCCGAUAAGUCGUUGAAUAUUAUUGACAUACGUGGCUGUUAAAUAUAUUCAAUUUUAAUGCAAUAUGAAUUUGAUACGAAGUGCAUAAUAAUUUACAA